AUGGGCAAAGUUUCGGAUUAUCUCGCACGAAAAAGUAAAGUUGAACUCCAGGUUUUUCAAGCACAAUCUGUUAGCGAAAACGAGGCUGCAAGUUCUUCAGUCAUGGUAGGAGAGCUCUCGAACAGUAAGGGUUGUGGACUCAAAGAGGUGAAAAUUCCGACUUUUCAAGGAAACCCUGAUAAGUGGCCGUACUUUUGGGGCAUUUUCAGUUCGAUGAUUGAUCAAAACAAAACUCUGUAAAGUCCGAUCAAGUUAGCUUACUUCAAUAACCUUCUUAGUGAUAGUCAGAUGUAAUUGCCUGUUUAAUGCUAGAACCGGGCGAUUAUGAAAGGGCAGUGUAGCUAUUAAUGCAGAGAUGUUUGGUGAUCCCCGUGAAGUUCUAGAUGCACACCUUCGUCUCAUUACAAAUUGGCCACAGAUUAAAGAAAAAGAUUGUGAGGGAUUUGAACGGUUCACUGAUGCCUUAUAAGCUGCUGUGUUCGCUUUGGACCGCCCCUAUUACAAGCACGAGCUACUUAGUGUCCCCCUUUGUACGCAGUUAGUUCGCAAGCUACCCACGCCGGAGAAAGAUGAAUGGGUGCGACAAACUGAAAGUGAGCACUGCACGUGUCCGAGGAUGUCAAAGGUUUAGCUGAGUGGCUCGAGUCAUGAGCUAAAACACUGCGAAAGCGUGAAUGUUACAAUGAGCAGCCUGCCAUUCCCACAAAGGAUAGAUUUAGUAGAGGAUCUGUGCAGUCGUUGUUGAAGCCCCCAAAAUACUGUAUCAGUCGAUGGUCACAACAACUAAUCCAGCUUUGUUGCCUAGAAAGUGUUCACUGUGUGAUAGCGAUCAUUCAGAGGUCACAUGUCCGACUCUACUUGCAGCCUACAUAGAGAAACGAUGAGACAUUGUUAAAACGAGAAAGGUCUGUUUUGGCUGUCUCAAGGAUUGUCAUCAGUGCCGUCAAUGCCGUCAAUCCACAAAAUGUGGAGUAAAUUCAUGUGAAAAAGGGCAUUACUACCCACUGUAAAGAGGAGUUGAAACUACAAGAGCCCCUGAGCAUUGAACUGCCCACCGAGAAUGGAGAAAUUCGUUUUGCUAGACGUAAAGCGCAGAGCAACCAAACGGAUUCAGUUAAAGUUGCAUUUAAAAAGGUGACAGUCCCCUUUUUGAGUGAUUCUGGGAGGAUUUUGUUCUGGCCUUAUUCUCCUUGGACACCAGCAAUAAGACGACACUUGCAAACCAGCUGAGUAUUCAAGGUCCCAAGCAGAAUCUUACCGUGCAGGUCGUUGAAGGAGUUAGAACAACUGUCAAGUCACACUGAGUCAGCUUACCUUUUGUGCCCUCCGUGCCUGGACUAUUAAGAACAUACGCGCACCUUUGGAAACUGUAGAGUGGUCAGAAGUCAAGAGAUGCAUUUACGUGAUGUCCUGGUGGAGUCCUUUGGUGACGAAAACAGUGGAUGUUUUACCCAGUCUAGAUGCUGCGGCCUUAAUGGUCCAGGUAGAAGUCAGACACGGACAUCACUUUGAGCCAUAUGCUGAGUUGACGCCACUCGGUUGGGUGAUCGUUGGACCAAUUUCAUCUACCCGUGGUCCAGGAAAACGUGUUCUUCGUGCGCAAGUAAUGGAGGCUGAGGAUGACAUCAGUAACCAGUUCCCCAUGUUUUAG